GCGGAGCGGCGGAGGCGGUUCCGGUUCCGACGGCAUGGCGCGGAGCACGCUCUCGUCCCGCUUCCGCCGCCUCGACAUCGAUCAGUACGACGAGAACCGGUUCGUGGAGGAGCCCGAGGAGGCGGCGGCGGCCGAGCCCGACGCGAGCCCCGAGGUGGAGGCGCUGCUGAGGCAAGGCGAAGCGCUGCGCGCGCUGCACGCGGCCCUGCGGAGCGCCCCCGCCCAGACGCGCAGCGCGGCCCUGAAGGAGCAGGCGCAGGGAACCAUGCUCAAAGUCCUCACGUCUUUUAAAAGCAGUGAAAUCGAACAAGCGGUGAACUCCUUAGACAGAAAUGGUAUUGACUUGUUAAUGAAGUAUAUUUAUAAAGGAUUUGAAAAGCCGACAGAAAAUAGCAGUGCAAUAUUACUCCAGUGGCAUGAAAAGGCAUUAGCAGUAGGUGGACUAGGUUCCAUAGUAAGAGUUCUUACAGCAAGAAAGACUGUUUAAAGACUAUUAAUGCAAACCAAGGCAACCAUCGGUUUUGGACCCAGAAGAAGAAGUAGCUGAAAUGACGCUGGUCCUUCUUGAUUAGAGAUUGCAAUCUACUGAAAUACUAUGGAAACCUCCUCUUGGACUGCUUUUAACAUUGAAGUGGGAAAAGAGUAAAGGUAUUCCUGUAUAUUCUGACUAUCACAUACAGGAGCCAAGACAUUCUCCUGAUUGCUUCUUUUAAGGCAGAGAGAAGGCAAACUCCUGCCUCCUACUACUGAAAGCGAGCAGGUAUUCUCAGAUGUUGCUUUAUCAAAGUGUGGUGAUCCAAGAUCCUGUCUGUACUGCUUAUUUAAGAGGGAGCGAUGGUCUUCACAGAUGCAAGGUUCUGACGGUUUAUGAAUGGGAGAAGGGUUUAUUAGCAAGAUGAUUUUGUAUAUAUGUGUGUGUAUAUAUAGAGAUACAGUCAGAGGACAGCUGGACCAUGGGGUUGGUUUCAUUGUAAAGUGCCUGCUGCAUCAAUAAAGUUCUUGGAUCAUACAA